GUGUGUGCGGGGCGGGUGGGCGAGGGUGCGGACAGGGCCGCUCCGCCUCGGCCCCAGGCUUUGUUACGCCCGACAGGCCCGAGCGUCUCCACGGUCCGUUUGUUGCUCACGGAGUCCCUCCCACUGGGUUGUGAGCGGCGAACGGGCGGAGACGACCCGGCCUGCGGACUCCCGCACGCACGGGGCCACCCUGCGGAGCACAUGGGGAAGGCCCACCGAUUCCAUGCCGACCGUCCAUUGUUCACACUGGUUCCAUGUCGUCCCACUUUCUCAUCCACCACCUGCACGCCCCUGAGGCAGUUUUACAGCGGCCAUUUAACCUACAAAAUCCGCACGUCUUCGGGAUGUAAGAUGAAACCGGAGCACCCGGUGAAAACCCAUGCGGUCACAGGGACAACGUGCAAAUUCCGUACAGACAACACCCGAGGUCGGGAUCGGACCCGGGUCUCUGACGCUGUGCCACGGCGUUCUCAACACUAUGCACCAAAGAUCAUGGCCCAGAUGGGAUGGACCCAGACGGUGUUAUCGAGAGUAACUGGAAUGAAAUUGUUGACAAUUUUGAUGACAUGAACCUGAAAGAGACACUCUUAAGAGGAAUCUAUGCUUAUGGCUUUGAAAAGCCAUCUGCAAUUCAACAGAGGGCAAUAAUGCCAUGUAUUAAAGGUUUUGAUGUCAUUGCCCAAGCCCAGUCAGGAACUGGCAAGACUGCUACGUUUGCAAUCUCAAUCUUGCAGCAGCUAGAGCUAGAUAUGAAAGAAUCGCAGGCAUUGGUUCUGGCUCCUACUAGGGAGCUGGCACAGCAGAUCCAGAAGGUUAUCCUGGCUCUAGGGGAUUACAUGGGUGCUACUUGUCAUGCCUGCAUUGGAGGCACCAAUGUUCGAAGUGAGAUGCAGAAGCUGAAUGCUGAAGCUCCCAACAUUGUUGUUGGAACUCCAGGGAGAGUGUUUGACAUGUUGAACAGGGGAUAUAUAUCUUCCAGAUGGAUCAAAAUGUUUGUUUUGGAUGAAGCUGAUGAAAUGUUGAGUCGUGGAUUCAAAGAUCAAAUUUAUGAGAUUUUUCAGAAGCUAAGCACAAACAUACAGGUUGUUCUGUUAUCUGCUACUAUGCCAAGUGAUGUCUUGGAAGUGACUAAAAAGUUUAUGCGUGAUCCAAUUCGUAUCCUUGUUAAAAAGGAAGAACUCACUCUUGAGGGUAUCAAGCAGUUUUACAUCAACGUAGAGAGAGAGGAAUGGAAGUUGGACACACUGUGUGACUUGUAUGAAACUCUAACAAUAACGCAAGCUGUGAUUUUUCUUAACACAAGGAGGAAGGUCGAUUGGCUGACUGAAAAAAUGCAUGCAAGGGACUUCACUGUCUCUGCGUUGCAUGGGGAUAUGGAUCAGAAAGAACGUGACGUGAUCAUGAGGGAAUUUCGUUCAGGAUCUAGCCGUGUGCUCAUCACUACUGACCUACUGGCUCGUGGCAUUGAUGUGCAGCAGGUGUCUCUAGUAAUUAACUAUGACUUGCCUACAAAUCGAGAAAACUACAUUCACAGAAUUGGCCGUGGUGGUCGCUUUGGAAGGAAGGGUGUUGCGAUUAACUUUGUUACUGAGGAAGAUAAACGAAUUCUUCGUGAUAUCGAGACAUUCUACAAUACAACUGUGGAAGAGAUGCCCAUGAAUGUGGCUGAUCUGAUCUAAUGAUGGCAUGAGAACUUGCAUUUGCAGCUGCUGAAUUAUCAGGCUACAUGGUGCGUUGUGCUGCUUCAUCAGAGUUGUUGAAUUUCUUCUCCCAUGUGCAAACAGGAUCAGAAAUCCAGCAGUGAUAAGUGACUUGAGGAAGGCCUUUGGUUAUUAUCCUCCUACGGUGUUGACUGCUGGGUUGGGAAGUUUAAGUCAUGGGGUGUUUAAAUGUAUAUGCUGUUCAGUGUUUUGAAAGUUUUCUAGUAGCAUUUCUGUUUGAUAUUCUUUAUCACUUAAUAGUUUACUUAUGGACUAAAAAAUUUAAGUGCUGUGUUAAAUCAGCCAAUUAUGUCAAACUGGCAUACCUACAACUAUUUUAAAAUGAAGCUUGCCAAUCAACUGGUAAUGUAUGUGCACUUUUUCUAGAGUAAUCUACUACAUGUAUUUGUAUUAAUAAAACAUUUGAGUUGUGCAAGGAUCUGCACUGUUUUGGCUUUCCAGUAGCUGUUUGCCUACGAUAUGUGUGCAAAUAAGAUUUGGAAUUCGUUUGGAGAGAAGCUGGGUGUUGUAACUGCAUUCCUGCAUUGCAUCUUUAUUUUUGUAACUUUGUAGUUUUGUUGUAUAUGGGCUGUUCUAAUUUAUGUAUUAUAUCCCUAUCCAUCUAUAAUAUUUAUGUUUACUCUGAAAGGCAACUGACUUACAGACUGCUCAAUAGUAAAAUACAGAUCUUUCAACUUUUACACAAUGUCAUUAAUAAUUUUGGAAAGUAAAUGUAUAGCAAGUAUUAUAAUACUUGAGGUUUACAUUCAACUAUCCCACUAAUUGUGGAUGCCAUAUAGACAUGCACCAGAAUGUGAAGUCUGGAAGAGGAAAUGUUUGGGUGCUGUCACUGAAUUGCAUUCUGAAUUCAAGUUGUUGGCAUGUAAAGCUAUUAAAGUUGAUUUGAGCAUGCAUUUUGAUAUUUAACAGGCUGGUUGCCAGGAGAUUCAUCUGGUUGUGUAAACUCACAGCUUGCAGAUUUAUGUAGGAUUAUAGAAGUUAACCAGUUUUCAUAAUUUAUGAACAGUGAGACAUGGCUGCUAAUUUUUUUCCACCAAAUACAUGAGAAAUUACCCUUUUGGUUAUGUUUAUUCCUCACCAAAGGCCAUCAUUUUAGAUUAGGCAGGUGUGGUUGGUCAAUGUACAGAGGUGAAUAAAAAGUACUGGUCCAGAUUUGGUGGUUCUUGUCUCGGUGGAAUAAAAUUGGUGUUGCCUCAAUUUAUAACAGCUAGGGUUAUGUAGCUGCGGCCUACACUGGUAAUGACUGGGAUUAAUCAUGCACUAUAUCAUAUGUGAGCAUUUGCCAUUAAUGAAAAUAGUGCACUUUUGUGUUUUGCUGCAAUUCAAGAUUAACCCCAAGAAAGGGAGGUAGUUUGAGGGGGCCUGUUAACUUGAAUCAAUAAGUUUAAAUGUACUGCCACCUAACAUUAAGUGGUUUAGUAGAGGGAUGCAGUGAACAAUUUGAUCAGAUUGUCCACAUUUAUCAAUGCACAUGAUUAUACAUUGAUAAAUGAAAGAGGAAAUGUAGAGUUUUCUUGAGCCAGCACAACUUGCAUCUUAUUGUAUUCAGCUUAAAAUGUCUGCUUCUCUAAAUGAUAUAAAUUCUUUCCUCGAUCUCUGCUCCUUAAAUGCAGCUGAAGGGAAUGAAAUGUAGGUUGUUAAAUUGUUAAUGAUUAUAGUUGCCUUUGGUACAAAAAUGUUUCCACACUGCUGAACUAAAGGAUGCCAAUAACACUUGAGCAGAACUUUUUAUUGCACUUGUCAGCAUUUUAUUAAAGUUAUCUGAAAUGGUA